CUGCUCUCCACAUUGUUCGACGUCGACGCCAUACCUGUGAUCUGAGUGGUUCUGUCAAAUAAAAGACUUCUUUUGAUUCCUGGCUGACAUGUAAGUCAUCAUCAUCAUGCCCCUUAGUUGUUGGACCUUUGAGGGCGCCACAAAUGACAUGAAACGAUCCCGCCUCCACUUGUCUCUGUUGUCUGCGCCUAGCACAGCAUCGCCUGACUUUAUUGCCGCCCAUUCUUCUUUGUUAGCUCCACUUCUUCUCCACCUUCUCCUUGCGCUCUGUAUAAUUUCUUUUUAGAGCCCUGUUGUCUUGUCUCGUUGCUAAUAUACUCCGUUCUCGUUUUUUUUUACAGUUCAUAGGAAGUCAUCAAACUACCCGAUCGCUUGAAGAAUUUUAUCUUUGACUUGUUCGUUAGAGAUAUAGUCUCUAUAGCAGAUUCCAGGAAUGCUUCUAAAACAUCUCAUCUCCACAGCCUUUAUUUUUCUUUCACGAUCACCUUUUAUUGCCCAGGCCUCUCAGCCAUACUAGAAAAUGGAGAGUAAUAAUAAGCAGAUCAGCCUGAUUUUAGUACUGAGGCAUUUAUUUUUGUCAUUCCAUAUUUCUUUUAGUGCUGUUGUGGUCUGGGAAAUCCUUGACAACAUUUCGUUCUUGGGUGCCUUUUAUCGAGUAUAUUGCUCUAAGGUACUUGAAGCUGCCUACACUCUCUAAAAUUUCCUCUACAAGCUUAAUUUCAAUUGAGAUGCAAGAGGUGUUGUUUGUCAUCAAUUUUGCCUUUUCUGCACAGAUUUGCAUGCCAAAGGACGAUGAAGUCUUUUCGACACUCUUUACCAAGUUGGCGAGCUCUUCUUCAUUUCCAGCCAGUCCAUCUAUGUGAUCCGCAAAACGUAGGUUGGUAAUUGUUCUGCCACCGAUGCUGACUGUCUCUACAUGCACGUCCAGUGCAUCUGACAACAAUCUCUCCAAAAAGACUUUCAAGAGGGUGGGGCAGCCUUGUCGUACUCCAGCCUUGAUCUUGAACCAUUCUCAGAGAUUAUUGUUAAAAGAAGACUGCUCUGGUGGCCUUAUAAUAGAGGCUGCAUAGCACUCUGGUUAGUUUUCUUUUGAUGUUGUUGUGCCUCAUGGUGGCCCAAAAAGUAACGUGCCAAAGCCAACAAAUCUUUAUGAAGUUUAAAAAUAAACUGCAGGUGUCCGAGAGCCAAUGAAAUAUUUGUCUUAGAGAGCCAAUGAAAUAUUUGUCUUAGAGAGCCAAUGAAAUAUGUGUCUUAAAAAGCCAAUAAAUACAUGUCUCAGAGAGCCAAAGUAAUAUUUGUCUUAGUGAGCCAAUAAAAUCCUUGUCUAGAGAGGCACCAAGUGACUACUUGGAUAAAUGACCACAUCGACAAUGGAAAACACAGACAAAUGACCACACAUAUAAAUUACCACAGGGACAAAUGAACACACAGACAAGGGACCACCUGCACAAGGGACCACUCUGACAAGUGACCAUAUAGACAAGAUACAACACAGACAAGUAAACAGACAAGUGAUCAUACAGACAUGUCACACAUAGGCAAGUGACUACAUGGACAAAUGGCUACACGGAGAAUUGAAAACUUAGACAAAGAAUCACAUGAACAAGUUACCCCAUGGACAAGUGGUCACGCGGAUAAGUGAAUAAGUGACUGCAAUGACGUGUGAUCACAUUGACAAGGAACCACACAGAAGUGACCACUCUGUCGAAAAUGUUUUUUUGAAAAUAACUGUUGCGACUGAAUAUUAUGUUUGAUUACGGUGUGUGUUUAAAAGAUUAAUUAGUUAGUGAACGGUGAACGUUCUUCACGCGCUUGACCUGGUGACCUAUUUGUAUGCUCAUUGUGACAUAUUGCUUAGUCUGUAUUGUGACGUACGUUUAUUCAUCUGGCAGUCGCGAAUGGAAUUUGUAAAAGGAGGAUGUGUUUUAAUUCUGUCUGAUAACGAGCUGCGAUACAGGUAUGUGUUUGUGGAAUUUACAGCCUGAGUAUGUAAUUAGAUAUUAAAAUUAUAUUUAUUUAUAUAUAUUCCUGGAGGAAACUUGGGGGCGUCCACAUGGGAUUUUUGCCUCUUCGUGGCAGACUAGUUGUAGUAGGGAGUUUUCUACCAAAGCUAAAAACCUUGGCCCACUGCAUGACUCUCAACGCAACGGGAAGAAUAAAAUAACACGCUUAUGUGUUGCAGUUAAUGGUAGUGAGGUCUGGGUGGCUGUCAAAACCCUUGCAAAUGAUUUUAGGUACGCCACCCUGAGAAAGUAGCUCCUAGGCGACCGUUUCGUCCCCGCUGAAGUCCUAACCAGACAGAUUCCUGGACAGUGGGGGUAGGUAACGCAACACCUUUCCUCCGUAGAAGAAGCAAAGUCGUUCAGGCCCAAGGAGAGGGAAACGCGAAUGCUUUAAACGCAGCGUUCUCAGACGAUCGGACAUCCCCCCAGGCCAGGGGGAGGUUUCGGACGUGCUUCAGCAUGGUCUGGUGGCAGGGAGACCCGGCGUCGACCCAUGUGAGGGUGUGCCGGAGGGGGUUAUUAAGAGUUCGCGCUCGACAACCCACUGAUGCCAGACAACCCACUGAUGCCAGACAACCCACUGAUGCCAGACAACCCACUGAUGCCAGACAACCCACUGAUGCCAGACAAACCACUGAUGCCAGACAACCCACUGAUGCCAGACAACCCACUGAUGCCAUCUCCAAUGUGACGUUUUCAGUAAAAACGUGGAGUUGAGGCACACAAUCAAAUAACCAGACAGACACAUGACCACACGGACAAAGAAGCACACGGAGAUAUAAAAUACUCUUGUGUCAUUUUUGAGUAGGCGAGCCCAGCAAGAGAAUUCCAUUACUUGCGGAAAGAAAGAAAUCACAGAUAAAAUGUAGUAGUUACAGAGAAGAAUACCUACACAUAGCUCUGUCCAAGGCUCAGAAAGAGCUUCGUGAAAGCCAUGGACCUGACUUCAUCACCUUUCGGAUUACUGGCUGAAAAAUUCCCACGAUUCCAGGAAGUUAAAUAUGUGAUAUUAUAAAUGCGAGAGAAAUCCAAUCUAUAGUUAAUUUCGUAUGAAUCAAAAUUUAACAUUUACGUAUUACAGUGGAAGGCAACCUAUAGAGUCUACGGUUAUAGUGGUAGUAUACUUUUGACCUUCGUACUAUAUACUAAAAUGUAGAUAGUUUUAGUGUUAUUAUAGUAUAGGCUAUCGUGCUGUAUGCUAUAGAAUCUAUAUUUAUAGUGUGAGUAUACAGCCCCCUGGGGCUCCGCUUGACAUGUCUGGAGUAGCUUGACGACUAAAAAGGUGCCGCCAUCACACGAAGCGCUACAAUGGUAACAAAGCCACCAUUGUAUGGUAACAAAGCCACCAUUGUAUGGUAACAAAGCCACCAUUGUAUGAGCCUGUGAGGCCAGACAAAGGACAUGGUGUUUGCCAAAAAGGUUGAAACUAAAUGGCUACUGCCAGCUUUGGGCAUGUUGCCAUUGACGGAUAUCAGCCAUCAUGUAGUGAGUAGCUUUAUCAGUCCAAUGAUUCUAUAUAGGCAGCCAGCGAGGAGGAUGUUCCCAUGCAACCAUUUCCUUCCAAAUAUUUUUCUGAACUAUUUGCGAGGUAGACCCCCCACUGUAGAAAACUCUUUUAGUGGGCUUUCGUCGCUUCUCCCGGAUGGGCACUGGGAGAUAUGAGGACGUACAUAUAAUGUACUGACACCUAUGAAUGUCUACAUCCUGAUGCUCGUAUAGCAAGCUCACCGACCGACCGGACAUCAUUAGGAUCAGAUUCGGCUUGGGGGCUGUCCCAGCAGGAGCAGAUUUCCAACGUGCCGCUUUGUGGCCUGACAGCUAGGAGCUUUUCAGACCUCAGAUGAAUUGCUUUUGAAAGGUCAUCAAGAUCCUUGAGCUCGACGACUUGUUGUCUCUAGUUUCUUGUGUACAUAAUAAGUAGUCAAUGUACAACUAACAGUCGGCAUCAAAAUGAUUGAAAUAUUUACCCGAUUUCCUGGCUAAUUUAUUUACUGAGAAUAGAACUUAUAAUAACACAACACGUAAAUUCCUUAAAAAAACUUUUUUUUUUUUUAAAAUUCCAGGGAAAAUAUGCACUUCAUUCAGGUUUUCAUGAUAUUUGUGCUGCCCCUGACUUUGGCGCAGUCACCAGAACUCACGCAAAACCAGGAGGCCCCCCGUAGGUAUAACCAUACGGCAGCAGAAUUAUACUAUGUAAGUAACGAGAAUAUUGCAAGUCUUAAAGUGAGUGACAAAUUUUGGUUGUUAACUUAUAUAUUACAAUUAGGGUCUUUAAAUCUGAGACAUAAAAGUAGACGGUGUUUGGGAAUUAUGUGUUAAUAGUUGUCAAAAGUAUUUAUACGGUAAUUUAACAAGAGAAUACAGAAAUAUAAAUGGGUAGUAAUUAGUUGUACUUAUAUGCUGAUAAAUAUAUUGCGUUAAGGUGUGUUCAUAAAGUGUUAUGGACGGCUGAUGUAGUGGCGUUUAGAAAUCGUUUAAUUUGCGCAAUCCUCGGAAAUGUAAAUGCAUUGCGUUUAGAAGAAACUAUACUGAUUCUGAAAUUGGGAUAUGGAAAUAGAUUGCGUUAAGAAUUACUUAUACAGUUUCUGAAACUGGAAUUCUCCUCGAAUUUUAAAAGAAAAUUUGUUCAAAUUCUUAGUUGGUUGGACGUGAUAACAAAACCACAGAUUUACUUUUAUUACAUGACAUUACAGCUGAUUAUAAAACGGCAGCCAUUUACGUAUAACUGGGCUACGACUAAUCUUUUUGAAAACACAUUGUGGUAAACUUACUCACACUUUUGAAGGAUACAUGCAAAUAAUGAUAUCUUUGACUUUGGUGCAGCUGCGAGAAAUCUUUCGUCUCAGACAUCACCAAAAUGACACACAAUUAGACGAAGUAAGUAACCAGAAAUUUCAAGUUUAAAUGUGAGUCACAUAUUCUGUCUGUUAAAUUAUACAUUACAAUUAAGGUCUUUAAAUGUGAGUCACAUAUCCUGUCUGUUAAAUUAUACAUUAAGGUCUUUAAAUGUGAGUCACAUAUCCUGUCUGUUAAAUUAUACAUUACAAUAAAGGUCUUUAAAUGUGAGAAAAUAAAGAUUGGUAGCGUUUGAAAAACUUAGACGGUGUCUGGAAAAUAUUUAUAUAUAAAUAUUAGUUAAAAUUUUUAUACGGUUAUUUAACUAGAGAAAGCAGAAAUAGAAAUAUGUGGAAAUUAGUUGUACUUAUUUGUUGAUCAAUAUAUUGCGUUUAGAUGUAUUCAUAGAGUGUUUAGGACGACAGAAACAGUUGCGUUUAGAAAUCCUUUAAGUUGUGUGAUCUUUGGAAAUGGAAAUAUAUUGCGUUAGAGGCACUUACACUGAUUCUGAAAUGGGGAAAUGGAAAUAGAUUGCGUUAAGAAUUACGUAUACUAUUUCUGAAACUGGAAAAUAGAAAUGGCUGGCUAGUAGACGUACUUUAUAUGUCGUUCAAAUCUGGGUGUUCCGUAUGGUUUGUUUGAAAUGCUAAACUUUUCAGAAAGUACAGAUUCUUAGGCACGGCUCACACGAUCAAAUUCCUUUCAAGUUGGUUUCAAAUUCGCGUCACAUUUGAGGUAUGAAGGCUCUAUUAUGUGUGUGGAUUAUGUUUCCUCCUCGGAUUUUUAAAAAAAUUUGUUCAAAUUCUAAGUUGGUUGGACGUGAUAACAAACCACAGAUUUACUUUUAUCACAUGACAUUACAGCUGAUUAUAAAACGGGAGCCAUUUACGUAUAACUGGGCUACGAUUAAACUUUUUGAAAACACAUUGUGGUCAACUUACUCACACCUUUGAAGGAUACAUGCCAAUAAUGAUACUGAAAGAUUUGUCACAAUUGAAACAUAAGCGUGUUGAAUUCGAAUGCUCUUUUGUUUCUGUGCUGCUAUGUUCCUAAACAGUUCGAUAUUUAUUGAAUAGUGUCAGUCUGAGUCUUAAAUAUACGGAACAUCAAAUGUAUCGAGCAUUAUGAUGUUUCACUGGGUCUACGAUUUUGUAGGCCCUAUUCGGUUAAAGACAAACAUGACUUCUUUAUUCCAAAUUUUUAUACAAAUUACAAUUUAAUAUUUUUAACUGUAAUAUAUUUUCAUUUUAUUGUUGUACACAGUCCCCCCUACCUCCCUCCACUGAAGAUCACUUUAAAUCAGAGGUUCGCAACCCUGUGCCCGCGGGUGCCAUGGCGCCCGCGGAACGAUUCGUAUGUGCCCGCCUCUCACUAUUCGACAGAGCAUAAUUUUGUUCAUAAACAUUAUUUUAAAAUAUGAUUUAUUUUUAUUCAUUUGUUAGAGUUUUAAUUUUUUUUUGACUGCCUAGGUUUAUUAAAUAUGUUCGAUACUUGUCCCAACUUGUCUAGCGGCGAGCCAGACUGCACUAUUUACGCUAGCCUGGAACGGCUAGUGCCAUUUGCACAUCACACCUUGUACACGCAGAAAACCCGAAGUGAACGAAUGGAACGAACGCCACGAACUGAUCCGAUAAACGCCGAAGGCGCCAAAUCACAAGGCACAUAACUCUGAUUGCUUCGGCGAUCAUCGGCUCACUUCGGGUUUUCCGCGUGUACAUGGAGUGAUGCGCAAAAAGCAUUCCCCGCCUGGAACCGCGUUGUUGUCAUUGUGAUUGCUGCACUGUUCGGGUCGCGACAGUUAGAUAAGAGACAUGUUCGUCAGAUGAAACAAGAAUUCGGAGUUUUCUAUAAAAAAAAAUUAACAGGCUAAAAGCGAGGUGCGUAAUUUAUUGUAUUCAUAAGCGAUGAUCUAUUAAUAAACUAUUAUUAUUGAGGAGAUAGUUAUAGUUCUUGUUAUAAUAUAUUUAUGCAUAUAAUGCAGAACAGACUUGCGCUAUAACAUUGAUAUUAUAUUGUAGUUCAAUUAUUAUUUUUUUUAUUAUUUAUUUUAGCCCUAAAAUGAGUGGACCAAGUAAAAGACAAAGAACCUAUAAUUUUAACACUGACUGGGAGGAAUUAUAUUGUUUCGUUAAUUUGAAAAAUAAAUGCGUUUGUUUGUUGUGUGGUAGUAGCAUUGCAGUGCCGAAAAAACAUAACGUUGAACGACACUUUCAGACAAAUCAUGGCACUUUUAAUGUGAAUUAUCCUCUUAAAUCUGAAGUAAGAAAGAAACAAAUUUGUAAUCUAAAAUCAAGUCUAACAGCACAACAGACUGUUUUCACUAGACAUGUGGAAAAUUCUAAAAAGGCCACUAUUGCUUCUUUCAAAAUAUCUCACAUGCUCGCAAAAAAGAAGAAACCUUUCAUUGAUGGUGAGUUGUUUAAGGAACUAUUUUUGACUGGUGCCGAUUGUUUGUUUGAUGGAUUUUCUAACAAACGUGAGAUUGUCUCAGCAAUACAAGACUUACAGUUGUCAAAUAACACAGUCACAAGAAGACUACAUGCAAUUUCAACAGAAAUACAAACUCAGUUAAAAACUGACUUGGAAAUAUGUGACUGGUUCUCGCUACAAUUUGACGAGUCAACAGAUAUAUCAGACACCGCGCACAGUUAGCAGUUAUGGUGAGAAUGGUGUUUAGUAACUUCACAGUAAAAGAGGAUAUGUUACAAAUAUUACAUAUGAAAGGACAGACAAGGGGUGAGGAUAUUUAUAAUACAUUCAAAACAUACGCCAAGUCAAUAAAUAUGCCUUUGCACAAGCUGUCUGCAAUUACCACUGAUGGGGCGCCAGCAAUGAUGGGUAAAAACAAAGGAUGAAGGAUGAUUCAUUUUCAAACUUCAUGUCCUACCAUUGUAUUAUCCACAAGGAAGCUCUGUGUUGUAAAAUUUUGCCAUUUGAACACGUCAUGAAAAUAGUUACAAAAAUAAUCAAUUCUAUUCGAGCAGCUCCUUUGCAACACUGACUUUUCAAGGCCCUGUUAGAAGAUACUGGAGAUAAAGAACAUGAUCUUAUUCUGCAUACUGAAGUACGUUGGUUCAGUAAAGGAAAGGUUCUUACAAGAUUUGUGAGUUUAAUUGAAGAAAUAAAAACAUUUAUAAACGAUAGAAAGAAAAAAUUAUGAUGAACUAGCUGUCUCUGAUUUGGCUGAUUGAUUUGGGAUUUCUCACAGACAUCAUGGAAAAAUUGAAUUCUUUAAAUUUGGAGUUGCAGGGUAAAGACAAAAGCAUAGCUGAAGUGAUAAGCUCUGUAAAGUCAUUUAAAGCUAAAUUGGAUUUGUUGAUAUCACAUCUGCAGAUCAAUUCUCUCGUGCAUUUCCCACAUAUGAAGAAAAUGCUAGGUGACAAUGAAUUAAAUGGGACAUUAUUUAUUAAGCAUCUUCAAGAGUUAAAACAACAGUUUGAAGAGAGAUUUUUGCAGUUUAAACAUAUUGAGCCAAUAGUUUCCUUCUGUAUCAAUCCUUUUUACUUGCCAAAUAAAUGUUAUGGAAAUAGCCGCAUGUAUUGCAGAUUUUGUUCAAGGUAAGACAGAAGAACUAGAGUUAGAAGUUUUGGACCUUAAGAAUGAUAUUUUGCUAAAAUCCUUAAUGUCAGAGGACUUUUGGAAUACAGUGGCUAGAGAAAAGUUCCCAUUGUUGAAAAAAAGCGGCAUAUAAAAUUGAAUCAUUUUUCUGUUCGACAUAUUUAUGCGAAUCAUUGUUUUCAAACAUGAACUUAAUAAAAUCAAGAUAUAGAUCUCGACUCACCGAUGAGCAUCUUUAUGAUUGUCUGCUAACAGGAUUAUCGUCAUACGCUCCUAAUUAUGAAGCUCUGGCCAAUGAAAUGCAAUGCCUCAGAUCACAUUGACUUUAUUAUAUUUUUUAAUUAAAUGUUUUCUUUGUAUUUGUGUGCUUUGUUUACUUUCUUGACGUUGUGUAAAUACAUUUCUCUCUCUCUGUGUGUGUGUGUGUGUGUGUGUGUGUUUGCAAUUUGAAAAAAAAAGCCAAAUAAUUUUAUUAUUUUGAAACAUUUUUGUUUAUUAUUUAUUAAUACAAUAUGACUAUAAGAAAAUAAGAAAAUAAAUUAUGGGAAAAUGACAAGUUAUGGAAGGAGUUUGUCGAUUUAAAAUAGGUGGUGCCCGCCACCCUACCGAUAUUUUAGAAUGUGCUCUAGAGUAAAAAAAAGGUUGGGAACCCUGUACUAAUGUAUGGUGAGAUAUAGCUAGGGGUGUAAUAAAUCUGAGGUCAAUCUACUAAUAUAAGGCGAGAUAUAGCUAGGGUGUAAUAAAUCUGAGGUCAAGCUACUAAUGUCACCUAAGUCUUUCAAUAAAUAAAAUGUACGAAAAAAUUCACACAAACUAAAAAGAUUACGACCCGAUGUUAAUGGGAUGAUUAAUAAUCGAGGGCGAUUUGCGAUAUUUUGUAACUGCAAUAAGUGAGAUACGCGCAUUACUGAAAUAUAAGAGCGACAAUGUUUCAGCCCAUAGAAAUGUAAUUUAGGAAAUAGGAAAACAAACCUUAUUUUUAAAAAAAUCUAUGUAUAGCUUUUACGUUCUAGCACUAUUUUGUUUGUAAAAUAUGUAUCCACAAUAUAAUUUUUGCAAACCCCACACAUUUUGAGGAUUCUGAUUUAUAAAAAAAAAAAUUAAAAAAAAAUUAAAAAAAAAAAAAACUCUUUCAUUUUAUUUAAACAAAUAAGAGACAAAAAUUUUAAAUAUCUGUAACAUUAAAUGAAUUUGAUAUAUUAAUAUCUUUAUUAAAAGAGUAACAAAGUUUUCUCUACUACAUUAUCGGAAAAUCGUAAAAUAAAUCUUGUUUUUUACAGUUAUUGAAAAUACGUUUUUUUUGUUUUUGUUUUUUUUGUUUUUGUUUUUUUUUUACAAUUUUAAAUAAUGUUAAAAUCAAUAUAGUGAGUUAAAAUUGGACAAUAAAUCUGAAAGCUAGCUACAAUACUAAUCAGUGGUAGACAUAGUGAUAUUUAAAACUAUUUUCGUAUCUGCAAAAAAAAAAAUAGUUUAACAUUGUCCGGUAUUAAACAUUUGAUAUCCUCUAAGAAAGGCAUAUUUUGCAUUGGUUUUGUAUGAUUACGUGUGGGAUGAAAAUAGAACCAGAAAUGUCCUUUAAAAAACACCCCCCUCCCCCCCCCCCCCAAAAAAAAAUGAAAUUGAAUUAUGACAGAAUUUGGUUAAAUCUUUGAAAACAAAAACUAAUUAAAAAUGUCAAACUGGUUCACGGGAUUAAAUGACAACUAAAUAUUUAUAGUUUAUAUUUGAAAAUAAAUGAGGAAACAUCUUAAACCUGUAGAUAAACAGUUGCCUGAAAUUCAUCUUUUUUUUCUUUUUAAAUGACAUGGAAAGAUCCGGUUUUAUAAAUGUUAACUUCUUAUUUGAUGAAACUUUAUCAUGAUAAAAUCAAGGCCAUUGUUCAGAUACUUAAAAAAAAAACCAAAACAACUAAACUUUUAUCCUUCAGAUUGAUUACGGGAGUCAUUCAGCAGUCCCCUUUACCAGGGAACGGUUCGUUAACGCCUACACCCAUUCCCGUCGGCUAAAUUCUACUUUGGCAACUUUAUGGUUUGAAAAGUUUGACCGUAAUGGCAACGAUGUCCUAGAUUUAGAGGAAGAACGCGUCUAUUUGAGAAUUUUCGACACGGACGGGAGAAGCGGCAUCAGCGGUGAAGAAUUUAGGAGGUGAACCAAUUGAGAACCCUCUAAAUCUUUUUUGAAUAAACAUUUUUCUAGAUGCGAUCUGAAGCUCCCGCUCUUGGUGGAGCUGUUUAGAAAUGAUAUUAAAUCGAUCAGUUUUUUUUGGGGUGCUUUCAUACCUUAUACAAUUUUGUUCACGGUAUCAUACACGACCAACAUACUCAGAGACGAGGCCUAAAAAAACAUUGUUUACAAUAGCGCUUUAAACAUGGCAGUGCUCAUUAGGAGUAGUUCAACUUGAAGGUUCUAACAUUUUUUAGAGAUACAGUGAAGUCAAAAUUAGUUGGGAAGUGCAAAUUAAUUGAUGAAAGACUAGACGGGUUCCAUUCAUUUUCUUAGUUGGGACACAAACACUAACUGAUUGAGGGCAAAAACGGUUUCAGUCCAUCUGUCUACCUUUUAACCUUGAAUCGAUUUUUUUUUUGUACACAGAUCGUUUCUAUUGGGAAAAACACAUACUAUUUUGAAUACACUUUUAAGACGUUUACUUCAUCCAAUAAACUGGUUUAAAAUACUUAAUUCAUUCAAAGCACAUUAUUGCAAAUAAUGAAGCCAUCAAUGGAGAUUAUUGAAAAUACGAAAGCCAAACAAUGCACAUUUUCAUAAACACAUUUUCAGGUUAAUGAAACACUCACCAAUUCAAUGAGCUUGUAUACCUUCCGUUUCAGAGGUUAUGAUUACAUGACUAACAACGCUACCGAAUUGUUUGGAAAUUGAACAGUUGCUGCCACAGGUCAUCCCGAACGACAUUAGAAAACUAUAACACAGAUG